AUGGUCCAGCGUUUGACAUACCGUCGUAGGCUCUCCUCCAACACAGCCUCCAACAAAACUAGGCUGCCUCGAACCCCUGGCAACAGGAUUGUUUACCUUUACACCAAGAAGGUUGGAAAAGCACCUAAAUCAGCGUACGGUGUAUGCCCAGGCCGACUCCGAGGGGUUCGUGCUGUGAGACCGAAAGUCCUCAUGAGAUUGUCGAAGACAAAGAAGCAUGUCAGCCGGGCCUAUGGUGGCUCCAUGUAUGCCAAGUGUGGCCGUGACAGGAUCAAGCGGGCUUUCCUUAUUGAGGAGCAGAAAAUUGUUGUGAAAGUGUUGAAGUGCGACUUUUUAAAUAAAAGGUCAAGAUUGGCAACAAGGACCAAUGCAAACCUGGGAUUCAUUGUGAGUCAGUCCCCAGGCUCAGGAAAGCUGCUCAGGGCAGAUGGAGUCUCAUCUGUGCAUGCUCCAUUUGCUUUGCAGCCGAGACACUACGGCGAGCAGUUCACCCUGGGUUUUAUGUCUCAUUGGGCUCAAGUGUCAAAGGAUAAGCCACUUUCAGGGAAGACCUGGAAGAGAGCUCAGGCUGCUCCACUCCCUUUCUUAGCUUAG